GCCAUCACUGCGCAUGUGCAAUUCAUACGAAACGCUGACCACGCAAAGUUACAUUCAUUUUGAAUUCUGUCUGAACCUCAAGCGGACGUUAAGGUCAGUGCUGCGGUGCCUAGCUCUUGGACAUACAAGGAUAACAUUCUCAAUCAACAACGAAGCAAAACAGGGGCAAUAUGCCAAAUAAACGGAAAGAUGGGGGAGCUGUGAGGGCAAAUGGACGAAAAAAGCCGAAGCUUCCAAAGACAACUGGCGCCGUACCGGCCACCAUGGACAGUGACUCCGUACCUCAGUAUCUACGUCGCCCACCUUUGUCCGCUCUCGAUUCCGUCUCUUCCGGUCUGUACAACAAGGCUCCGAGUCAGUGCAACACACCCGGUUGCACGUGCAGAGGAUCUGACGUCCCACCAGAGCAGCAGGAUUUCACCUCCAAGCCAUUUUACGACGCCCUCACUGACGGGGGACUGGAUUAUGUGUACGCCAAACAAAACGGGCUUAAUCCCCAGGAACACUACAGGAAGACCACGCAUCACCGGAAACACGUGAUCGUGGUGGGGGCCGGAACAUCCGGUCUGUCGGCGGCGUAUGAGCUGAGCCAGGCUGGACAUCAAGUAACUAUCCUAGAGAUACAGCACAGAGUUGGUGGGCGAGCGAAGACUAUCAAAGAUAAAUUUGCAGAUGGCCUCCACGCAGAAGGGGGAGCAAUGCGGCUUCCGGAGAGUCACUACCUGACCAAGCACUAUAUUGACCUGUUCCAAGUGCCAAUCAGACGGUUUCAGAACACAAACGAAAACGGCUUUCUCUCCUUCUACGGUGACCCCAAGAUAAAGAUGUCAGAAUGGAAUGCCAACAGCGACUGGUAUUGUACAAAGUACUGGAAAGGCUGGGACGCCAACAUAGAAAAGUUCAAAACAGAACUUGGCAUCAAAGGAAUAAACGACUACUUUGAUCGCACGGUGGCGCCUAUAUAUGCCGAGCUUCGCCGUGACCCUAGCCCCAAGGGGUGGGCGCUUUGGGUCAAGAAAUGGAGCCAGUUUUCUGUCGAAGAAUUCCUGAAGUCCGACAACUUUCAGAGCACAGCCGACAGGUACAAACUGAGGCCAUGGCCACAGAAAGCCAUUGAGGCUUACAACGUGCGGAACUAUAUUCCGCUCAUCAACUCCAGCCUGGUGGAGUAUCUCAGAGAGUUGUUAGGCCAGUGGUGGAAGGAUCCCCUGUACACGCCUACUGAGGGCAUGGAGGAGGUUGCAAAGGCCUUCAUGCGGAAGAAUACAACAGGCUGGAACCCGGAUGUGUAUCUGAGUAAGGACAUCCGAUAUGGAAUAAAGGUUGAAGCCAUUGAGGAGAUUUCACAGCCAAACGGGGAGAAAGUCGUGAGGGUUACUGGUCGUAACGAGGCGACCAAACAACGGGUAGAGUUCACCGGGGAUGCUGUGAUCAUAACCGUCCCCCUGACGGUUCUCCGACAGAUGAAGGUGCCCCUGACGCGGUCAAGACAGCAGGCAGUAGAGGGCAUCUACUACGAAGCAUCAACAAAGAUCCUGCUACAGUGCCGGACUAGAUUCUGGCAGAAUCCAGACAACCUACAGGGAGGCUUCUCCAAGACAAAUCUACCCAUUGGUCAGCUACACUACCCUGACUGGGAGCAGUCGGGGAUACCGGAAGAUGAACGUGGAAUCCUGGUUAUCUACACCUGGGGACAAGACGCGGAAAUGUUCGGCGCCCAAAAACCAGAAGAGGCCAUCGAGAAUGCUGUGAAACAGGUGGCAACAAUUCACCCCGAGAUUGUUGAUAAUUUUGAAGUUGGUGCAGUACAAGCCUGGUUCAACGAACCCACAGCUCAAGGUGCCUUUGUGUAUCUCAGACCAGACCAAUAUAAUGACAGCCUCUUGCAGCUUCUCAAGUCAGACCACCCUGUUUACCUAGCGGGCGAGGCACUGUCGUGGUCCAAUGGCUGGAUACAGGGGGCGAUGGAAUCAGGCUUGAGGGCGGCCUAUGAGUUCUACAGUUAUAACGAAAAGCAGUUCCCGCCUAAAAUGAACAGAUGUGAACGUGCACACCAGUAUGAGUGUCCACAGUCUGAAGGAGUCUGGUCUCAUCAUCAGUUCUCCAGCAGUCAGAAGUAUGGUCAUCAGGGGCCAUGAGGUAUGGGAUGCACAUUCUGGUGACUAGUACUGGAGAACAGUACUACGCCGGGAAACCGAUACUAGAUAGCACUGAUUGUCGUCACCCCCUACAGUUUGGGAUAAUACUGCUUACAUGACUGACUUCACUCUCUACGGCUUGGGAACCAUUACCAGAUAACCAGGUUGCAUUGCUACUACACUCUCAGCCACAGACUGUUUAUAGGACUUACAACCAUUUGCAAAAGAAUAUGAUUACCCAGAAGUCAAUAUUGCAUUGUAACAACGACCAUCGUCUUGGAAGUAACUCUGUGUAGAGUCUAGUUACUUUCUAUGCUAGCUUCCCGUCGGUUAUUCCGGUUGAGUUGAUAUUUUUUUUGUAUUGCCAACACAAAACAUGUAUGAGAGAGCACUGUUCAUUUAACGUAUUACUCCUAUCAACCAGG